AUGAUCGCGAAGGGAAUUUUUAUGGACAAGCUGGCAAGCAAGAAGUUGUGUGCUGAUCAGGAGUGCUUAUGUAAGUCACCCGUUUGUGAAACUGUGUGCUGAAAAUGUGAACUCUUGCAUGAAUGAAUCCCUCUGUGGUUUGCCAUAUCCCAGGCAUAACUUUAAAUUGAUGGAUAUAUUAUUCAUAAAUAUAUAUUGGUGUAGCGGUUAGAGGGUAGGACUGGGAUUUGAAGACCAGAGUUCAAAUUCCCACUAAGCCCCCAUGUUCACUGGGUGAUCUUGGGCUGGCAUAGCCUUACCUGCUUUGCAGGUUGUUGUGAUGAUAAAAUGGGAACGGGCAAAAACAUGUACAGUGGUACCUCGGAUUACAGACGCUUCACGUUACAGACUCCGAUAACCCAGAAAUAGUACCUCGGGUUAAGAACUUUGCUUCAGGAUGAGAACAGAAAUCGUGCAGCAGCAGCGCAGCAGCAGCGGGAGGCCCCAUUAGCUAAAGUGAUACUUCAGGUUAAGAACAGUUUCAGGUUAAGAAUGGACCUCCAGAAUGAAUUAAGUUCUUAACCUGAGGUACCACUGUACACCAACCUCGAGCUCCCUGGUGGAAAAGAGUGGUAUAUAAAUGUCAAAACAAAACAAAAUGUAGAUAGCUUUUUCCAGACUUCCCAGGAGAUGAACUGUGAAUGUGGAAAGGGGUGCUUCUAUGAUUGCCUUUGCAAAAUUAAUGAGGAUUUCCUCUUCUUACCACCCAGCCCUUUAAUUCUGUAUAAAAUCUUACUGGUGUUUUUUUUCCACCCCCAGAUGCCAUCUCCCUGGCAAGGGCGGAAGACGAUUACAACGCGCCAGACUGCCGAUUCAUUAACGUCAGAAAGGGGCAACUGAUCUACGUUUACUCAAAGCUGGUGCAAGAAAGAGGAUCUGCAGAAUUCUGGGCUGGGAGUGUAAGGACCUUUCCUAUGUUAAAUCUUAUCCUUUGUCUGCAUGGCUAUUUACUCUCCAGUAUCCACAGUUUUUAGAGAAACCCCUGCCCCACCUCUCCUUGGACAGGGCAAGGCGAUAUUCUCACAAGCUCACCUGUAUGUCCAGAAGCAUCUGUUGCCUUCCCUUGCUCAGCACUUCAUGGGGGAAGCAGGGAGGUUAAAAAACACUCACCCUUCUUAAAAGAGAGAGAGAGAGAGAAUGAGAUUUGUGCCAAAGUAAAAAUAAGAAGGGGUGGGGAAGGUCUCUAAAGUAGACUGAAGAAAUACUUACCUUAUGAAAACUUCAAAAAUACAUUUAUAUGUUACAUGUAUGCCUCACCUUUCUUUCGUGAGAGCCAGUGUUGUGUAGUGGUUAAGAGUGGUAGACUCGUAAUCUGGUGAACCGGGUUCGCUUCCCCGCUCCUCCACAUGCAGCUGCUGGGUGACCUUGGGCUAGUCACACUUCUCUGGAGUCUCUCAGCCUCACUCACCUCACAGAGUGUUUGUUGUUGGGGAGGAAGGGAAAGGAGAAUGUUAGCCGCUUUGAGACACCUUCGGGUAGUGAUAAAGCGGGAUAUCAAAUCCAAACUCCUCUUCUUCUUCGUUUUGGAAUUCAAAGCAAGCAUACAAAGGGGGAUUGGAUUCACAGCUGCCUGGCAUGAGAGGAAAGACAUUUUCACUCUCGCAAGAUGGCACUUUUGGGAAUACCCCCUCUUGCUCAGCCCCCUGCCUGUAUUGUCCCUUGCCCCAUUCCAAAGGCUUUCCUUAAUCCUCAGGUGCAGUGUGUGUGUUUUCUGGGGAGACUGUAGUGAGGAGGGGAGAGAGUAGGGAAAAUUUUGCAGGAACAGUGUUUGGCAGUGCUGCUUGGGGGGCAGUUUUCAAGCACUCGGGUAUUAGCCAGGCCUGGACUUUAUCUUCAGCAAAGGUCCACCCGCCCCCGCCCGCCACGCCUUCAAGCUAUUCUUUGGGUCUGUGCUAUGUAUGUUAGACCUGCUUUUGCACAAAGCCACUAGGUUCUAGUGAAACACUGGAAUAUUUCCAGUAUUUAUUGAAAUGUCCAGGGCAAGGCCAGUGUCAGUGCACAUUACCAUGACAGCUGAGCCUCCCUCAAAAAACUGGUUUGGCAUUCAAAGUGAGACCAGUUUGAGGAGUCCAAAAAAAUGGUCUCUGCUGCUGGGCUUUUUAAAAUUUUUAGUCUGAACUCUCUGGAACUGAAUUCUGGCACCUCUCAGGUGGGUGCCAUUGCCAUUAUAAGAGAUCAAGGGAGGCGUUCUUGGUGGGCUCUGGCAUCUCUUUCCCCCCCUAGAAAAAUAGUGCUGUCUUGAUGUAUUGUCAUUCUGGAGCAUUGUGGGAAAUUUAACCCAUGGCCAGACCCAGCUAAGGAGCACUACUUCAAAAUGCCUCAGCACCAGUUAAGCUACCAGGCUCCAUUGUCAACAGAAUGGGACCCACCAGCAAACCUCUUGCCCAGAAACCCUUUGAAAUGGAGUUGGGUAUUGUCCAGGGCAAACCUUUUCAAGAAAUCCCAGUUUAAGGAAAUAAGGCUUUUAAGAAUAUGAUUAGUCAAGUCUACAGAAGAGGAAUUAAAACCUGUAUGAGCUCACAUUUUUCUUGGUCUCAUUCUUGGAAAUGCAAUUGUUUAUAUGUGCCUUUUGGUAAACAACAACAACAACAAAUCUGUUUUGUUAGUACCUUAUGCUGACCGAAAUAAUCUCAAAGAGUGUACAGGGCGAAUGGGUAGCCCAUGCUUCCAACAGAGCAGCGAAUUCAUUUAUUCUGUAGAAUGGCUGCGCUUAACUCCAGGCUUGUUUUAUCUAACCCGUAAGGUUUAUGCAGAGCAAUACGAGGACCAGAUGGGCACUGUUGGAUAUUUCCCCAGGAAUUUAGUCACAGAGCAGCACAUCUAUCAGGAAGCAAACGAGACAGUUUCCACGAAGGUAAGAAAUGAGCGAGCUAUGCAAAUGUUGCUACACAAAUGGUUUGAUGAUUUGUGGCCGAAGCUUCCGCAGUGGCUGAAUAUUGGUGACCCCAUAAUUGGUGACCUCAUAUCUUCUGCUAAGGUAACUUGAGUGAAAAUCUUGCAUCCUUGAAAUUACCGAAUGAGCCUCUGCAAGAUGUUUCUUAUUGAUUUGGUUCUGGCCUCAUGUACACUGAGAACAACACUCCUCUGGGCACAAGGUAUGCUCUGUGCUUGUUUGGUGAGACUGCUUCCAGUUGCUUUUUCCUGACUGCACUGGGUGUUACAGUCUCACCUUCUGAGUUAUUGGUUUCCUUCACAGAGGGACAUUGACUUUGCUUGUUUGUUUUUCUCCUUAUUUGAGUUCUGAAAGCACUACAAGUUUCUUUCCUAAAUGUAACUUUGGCUUAGUUCUCACUGAGGUGGCAAACCAGCCACCUGGGCUCUAUGCUGGCACCAUUCUAGAGGCCUUCUCAUUGGGGAGGGUGAAGAUGGAGAUGUUUUUCAACUACCUUGUCUUCAGGUUUUAAGGGGGAACCCAGUUCCUGUCAUGGAGAAUACAGCAUCAGAGGCUUUUUGUGGGGCAAAGAGGCAGGAAACGCAACAAAAUCCUAAAAGCUGUCAGAACAGCCUCCAUCCCUGAGGCUACUGCAGCUGGUGCUAACCAAAUACAGAAGCGAGACUGGGUCUUAGUAUUUCCUGAAGUACAUUGCUCUUGUAUGCAACUUUGCAAGAAACAUGGGACAUUUGCUUUUCAAAAAGCCAAGUCAGAGGUGGUCCUAGAAGACACUGGGGAGUCAGCUAUACAGCUGCAAAUAUAAUGUUUUAAGUGCAUUUUAAGUGUGACUCUAGAUGUGUGGCACUAAAUAUGACACUAGAUGGAGCUGAUGAGCUAAUGGCAAAUUCCAUAUAUAUUUUAUGUUUUUAAAAGAAGCAUUUUCACAGUGUUUAUUUAUAUCUGUGUAGAUCCACUCUGGAUUGAAUCUAGUCAGUCAUGCUUGGAGCUGAGCCGCUGAAGUAAUGGGUAACUUAAUAACUCUUGAGUUCAGUUGGGCCUCAACAAGGAGCGUGGCUGUCUGGAUCCAACGCACCAUGUUUUCAAAGCAACUGAUUUUCCACAACUCCCUUUGUUCAGAAUUGGCUCUAAUUGCUUACUGUGUUUAAAAACUAUAAUAGUGAACCCCAACAACAACAACAACAUGUUCUCUUUCUCAGGCCAUCGAUUUCUUCUGUGAAUAG